AUGUUUGGGAUUCAGCAAAGCAUCGAAUGGAGUGGAAGCAGCAUGAAGGAAGAGCCGCCGGGCAGCGGCAGGAACGCGGUGCGGACGUGGAUGCAGGGCGCCGGGGUGCUGGACGCCAACACGGCGGCGCAGAGCGGGAUGGGUCUGGCCCGGGCUCACUUUCCGAAGCAGCCGUCUUCCAAUAUGCGGAAAUCCAACUUCUUCCGCUUCGUCCUGGCCCUCUACGACAGACAGGGCCAGCCCGCGGAGAUCGAGGGGACAGCCUUUGCGGGGUUCGUGGAGAAGGAAAAAGAAUGAGGACGCAGCGGGAUUUCUACGUUCGCCUCAUUGACUCCAUGACAAAACAAGCCGUAGCGUAUGAAGGCCAAGACGAGAACCCAGAGAUGCGCCGAGUCUUUGCCCACACACGAAAUCACGUGCAGUCUUAGGUUUACAACUACAGGUUGAGCAGUCUGCCAGGAUUUUGCCCAUUGGCUCUCCGAUGGAAUUGAAGAAGAAGCACUUCCUAUGUCUGAACCAUAGAACACUCAUACGCGGACUAAGAACAAAACAAAAUCCUCACCACUAAUGGAAGCCUCAAACCAAAGGAACCAGAAACCAAACAGAAACCAAAAACCAAACAGCACAAGACUCAAAUCAGCUUCCAAGUCUCAACUUAGCCUGUGACCUCGGUCCAAGGGGUGCACCUUCCAAAUGAGAUUUCCUGGAAUGAAAAGUCACCCAAAUGGGAACCAAAGUUCCCCCAAAUGUACAGGGCU